AUGUGCUCCUUCUGGGCCUCCAUUGCCCUGCUGGGCUUGGGCCUGCAGCCAGCGUUGGCUCUUUGUCCAUACGCAGCGCAAAUGAAUGCAAAUGCUAAACUCACACCUCCCCCACAUUCCCAUGAUCUCCGGGAUGUCUCCACGAAGGAUGACAAGAAGGGUGUUUUUUAUAUGAACCGCAUUGCCCCCGGCACAUCUGAGCUCUACAUCGCCAACGUCGAUGGAUCCAAUGAGCGUCCUCUCCUAUCGAAUCCUGUCUAUGAGUACCAUGCGGCCUUUUCUCCCGAUGGGAAAUGGAUCACCUUCACUAGCGAGCGAAACGGUGAUGGCAACUCGGAUAUCUACCGUGUUCGGACUAAUGGGUCCGAUCUGGAGGAAUUGGUCUCAACCCCUGCCAUAGAGGAUUCGGUGGUCAUGUCUCCCAAUGGGAAGUACGUUGCCUAUGUGUCCACAGGCAACGGAUACAAAGCAAACAUCUGGGUGAAAGACCUGAAGAGUGGCAAGCAAUGGAACUUGACCGAUACGGUCUCCACUGCUGCCAAUGCAUCUUUGCCGAAUGGCUACUUCCGUCCAUCUUGGUCGCCUGAUGGUGAAUGGCUCGCAUUCUCAUCGGAUCGCAACUCGGGUUGGUAUGGACAUGGUGAUCCAACUUUCUUGGGUCUGAGUGGCUGGGAACAUACGCAAGAGCUGUCCAUCUACGCGAUCCGGCUUAAUGGCUCUGAUUUCCGCCAAAUCGCUACCAAGAGUGGCUGGUCUCUGGGUUCCCCGACCUGGUCGCCCGAUGGCAAGAGGAUUCUCUAUUAUGAGAUGACCCGCGAGAACACCUGGAACUCGCAUCGCCCCGAGUCUAUCAACUCGGCAAACUCGACUUUGGUCUCCGUUGACUUUGCAACUGGUAAAGACCGCCAGGUAGAGGUGCAAGGUGCUGGUGUGAAGGUCUUCCCACAAUAUCUCUCAGACAACAACAUUGCCUACUUCUACAAGGGUGGCACUCAAGAGGGAUUCCAUACCACGAGCGGCGCAUAUGUGAACACGUCCAGUACAGUCAUUCGCUCUCCUUCGUGGUCCCCGGAUGGCAAGCAAGUCGUCUACGAAAAGACCACCUGGACCAUUCGCCCUAUGGCCAAGAAGUUGUGGAGCUGGGAUUCUGACUGGGAUUAUCGCUUCACUGAUGUGUUCCCUCAACUUUCCAACCAGAACAUGCUCGCCAUCACUCAGAAGCAACUUGGAAACUCUUCUAUUGUUGCUAUGAAUGCCAAUGCAAGCAAUGAGCACGUGGUGUACAACGAUCUCAACAGCGGCUUCCUUAGCUCAUCGAUGGUCUCUCAAGGACUAGCUGGAGCUUUCCAGCCUGCAUGGUCUACCGACGGUGAAUGGCUCACGUUCGGAGUGGGCUUCUGGUUCCAGAGCCGUGCCGAGGGUGGUGGCUGGUUGGUACGAGCAACAGCCAAUGGCUCGUACUCUGAGGUGUUGACUGAAAGCAAGACGACUCUCACAGCAAACAGCUCCACCAUCAACUCCGGAUUCCCAAGCUUCUCCCACGAUGGGAAGAAGAUUGUCUACCGAGUAUGGGGUACCAAUUCCACCCUAGGCGACAAGUCCCAGCUCGGUCUUCGCUUGUUGGAUCUUGAGACCCGGAAGAUCACCGUCUUGACCACGGAGUGGGAUAAUCUGCCAUUCUUCUCGCCAGAUGGAAGUCGCAUUGUCUUCACUCGCAAGACGAGCGCGACCAACUACGACGUGUGCACGAUGAAACCCGAUGGUACCGAUAUCAAGGUACUGACAAGCAGUGGGGCGAAUGAUGCGCACGCAGUGUGGACCCAUGAUGGACGUAUCAUGUACUCCUCCGGCAUGUUCGGGUUCCAGUAUGAGUGUGCCUUGUAUGACCAGACCUUCCAACCAUAUGGACAAAUUGUCGUUAUGGAUGCGGAUGGGUCUAACAAGCGGGUACUCACCAACUCCAUUUGGGAGGACUCUAUGCCCUUGUUUGUGCCGAAUUCGGCGCUGUAG